AUGUCCAAGGACGAUGCUUGUAAGGUGACGUCGGCCAGCAAACACAAAGAACGCAAGCCCAAGAAGCCUCACUAUAUCCCCCGGCCAUGGGGCAAACCCUACAACUACAAAUGCUUCCAGUGUCCCUUCACCUGCAUGGAGAAGUCCCACCUGUACAACCAUAUGAAGUACAGCCUGUGCAAGAACUCCCUUUCUUUGCUCAUUGAGUCGGACUGGCCGUAUAAAAAGGGCAACAUCCUGCACCCUGAGCAGCUACGACCCUUUCAGCAGGCACACGGACAUCAUGCUUCUGGGAAAGAGGCACUAGAGCAGGUGACACGGCCCGAGGAGGGACAAAGGCAACGAAGGGCUGUGGAAGAGGAAGGUGAGGACAUGGAAAGCCAGGGACCAGAGAAUGAAGAAGAGGCGGGAGGAGAGAAUUCUAGCGAGCGCAACAGAGGAGAUGCCGCCGAUUGCGCUACCAAGAAAGUGAAACAGCCCGAGUCUGAGCUGCUGAUGGCUGACAUGCUCUCCCUGGAAGAUCAGCUUUUAAGGGCACGCUCUGUAGAGGUAGAAGCCCAGCUGAAACACUACAAGCUAUCUAAGACGUAUCUGACAGCUCCUAGUCUGCUGUCGGAGCAGUGGCGGCUGUUAGCGUCCAGCCACACAAAGGCCAAAGCUGAAGGCGCUCAGCCGCGAGUGAGUAGUUCAAUCCCCUGUUACCCUCCACCACCAAAUCUGGUGGAUUACCAGGAUCCCACCGGACUCAACCUGUCAGUGCUCGGGGUGGGCUACCCCAUUAGCCCCAGUCUUUUUUCCUACAUGAACUCAGCUAUUCCCACUGCCACCACAGGUGUCACCGCCCAGACCCACGCGCAGCUUGCCCAGCUUCCCUUUCUGGCAUCUGCCGCUCAGCUCAUGCACCCUGCCUCCAGCACCCACGCCGACAGAGCUCUUAUCCCCCCUCGCCUCUAUUACCCCUUCCUGUGUGAGCACACGUUCGGACCGGCCUCCAGUCAAAGCGAUGCCGGCAAAGCGCUUAAGACAUCCACAAACAAUCUAGAGGCGAAUCCCCUGUCUGGCUUCCAGCCGAAAGUCAAUUUGUGGAAAGUGCCUGCUUUGCGACCGGGGACUACCACAGUCGCCCCUGCUGGGUGGGUGUCACCUCAAAGAGAGUCCCCCGAUCAGGGGUACAGGUUGGGGGAUAAACUGCAGGCUACAGCUAAGGAAGGCAAAACAAGCUGGGGCCUUAAAAGGACAGGGGCGCCUCUGGGGAGCCAUGAGGGACCUGUGGAGAAGAAGCCAGCCAUGGGUGGUUUCACUUUGGAUCUCCUGAAGAAUAUUCAGACUGCAUCAACUCUUAAUAUGGCAGCGGACAAACUUCUCUUCCAUGGAAGUUUACAGGAUGCUCAGCUUCCUACCCGGCCCACUGAACCGUGGUACAACGAUCCUCUCACCAGUCCAAACAGUGAAACCUCCUCCUUUUCAACCUGUGGAGGACCAAACAGCCAGGACCCAAUUCCUACCCGAACAAUAGGUGAGGGAACCUCAGAGUCAGUGGCUGCGCUCCUCAGUGACCUCUCCAAAGCCUUGCAAGAGUACCAGGAGGCUGAACGUAAAAUCUCCCACCUGGAGAAGGAAGACCUUCCCGCCCAGCGCCAUCUCUGGGAACACUUGAGCAAAAUCCGCAGCGAGCUCUCCCACAUUCAUCAGGCACUGGAGCGGACGGCUCGUCAGAGUGAUGGGCCUCUGGAUCUGUCGGUCAAGAGGGACUCGAUGGAUUCCAGCGGCGACCACGGCAUAAGGGAGGAUGGCAGCCUUAAAGACAACACGACAGAGACAGAGGAGGAGGACGAGGAGCUGGAGGAUAAAAAAGAAGAAGAAGAGAACGAAAGCGAGAGAAAGGCAAUGAAGGCAUCACUGGAGAGCCGCAAGCAGUCGUUGGACAUGCUGAUCAAGAUGAGUCAGGCGUCGGUGGUGAACACAGAGGUCCUCUCACCUGGUGGUCUCGGUAUGAGGCCCAGCUCUGCUGAGGCCUUCUGGCAGAGCAGAACCACUAAGUGUGAGGCGGACUCCAGUGUCCUGCUCUGCCCUGAUGGCCGAUCAGUGGUGUUUACCGACAUCCCCUCCUCUGCCAAAACCCCAAAGAGACCCCCAUCCAUACAGCGACUAGAAGUCCAGUGUCCACCGAGCCCUUUGACGGCUAAUGACAAUUAA